UUACAAGGAAUUGAAACUAACUUGCAGUAACUCAAAAGUUUUGAGUCUUUCCCUAGCCUAAGCAGCAAUACUUGUGUCUGACAAUUGAAAGUACUCCCAAAGCAAUGUCUGGGGUUAGAGGAUGGAGGGAAGGCAGUAGGUACAGGACAGCUGCUGGCUCUAGUACUCCAUUUUCCUCUCAGGGUUACCCCUUGGAUGGCAACAACAAAACAGAGAAGGGUAAAAACACCCAGAAGCUGACAACGUCUGGAGAGGAACAAAGCAGCCAAGCGCCAGUCUACCAACAACAGCAAAAGCAGCAUGUCAGCCCAUAUGUCUUGGUAACUCCAAAUGAAAUCAGAAGAAAACAGUUGCAACAAAUUGCUAAGAAAGAGCUAGAUGACCUGGAGCGGUGGAAGGAAGAGCACAGGCCAGGGCCAAUUACAUUGGUUCCACAGAGAUUGGGUGGAAAGGAAUCAGAGGCUCAAGCAAGGCAAAACCAGCAAAUGAUGCUCAUGCAAUCUAAAUACCAGCAAAAGCGCAAGAGAGAAGAAUAUGUAAAAGCAAAAAAGGCAGCUGAAGAAGCUGAAAUCCUGAAAAAGAAAGCAAUUCAGAGAGAAAAGGCAGAGAGACUUGAAGUUAAAAAAAGACAACAAGAAAUGCAAAGAAGAGAGAUGUUCCUUGAAGAUCAAAAUUACAAAACCAAUGAAUUAUUGAACAGAUUGCACCUGGGUUUGCCAAAGAGUGAUUCCUGUCAGAUUGCUAAUCCUGUCCCAGAAUCUACAGCAUGGACAAGAAGCCAUGCUUACAAGCAAGCUCUUCGAGAGGAUGAUAACAGAAGAUUAGAGGAAAUGAAGCAAGAACAACGAAGGAAGGCUGAAUUAAUGGAAUUUAAACAAAAGCAGGAAGAGGAAGCCAGGACAAGAGCACAUCAAAAUGAACAGAAGAGGGUAAAUAAUGCUUUCUUGGACCGACUCCAGAAGAAAACACAACCUAAUAACAGCUACCAAACUGGAUGUACUGGACUACCUUAUUAAUGACACAGGGAGAAGUCUUGAGGUGCAUGACCUGCUUUUCUUUGGGACAAAACUAAACCAAACAAUGUUCCUCAAGAGUCUACUUAUUGAACAUUUUCUGCUGAUGGACAGUCCACAAGACCAGACUAGAGCCAGACUCAAGUAAACCCUCUAAAAGUGAACCCACGAGAGCUGGAUCCUCAGCCCUGACUCCUUCAGUCUACAAGCUUGCUACCAUUGCACAGCCAUGCUCAGGUACCCCCACAGGGUACAGAAGGACCUCACAACCUUCAGAACCUGUCUUGAAGAAGAGUACUUUACUGGUUGUACUGCUGUUAUACUGUAUACCACAUGUGUACCCUGAUUACUUUUGUACCAUUAAUUACUCUUGUCUUAGUGUAAUAUCUUGCAUUUAUGCACUUUGAAUGCUAUUUGACACUUCAUUUCUCAAGCUCUCCUUAAAUUCUAGCUCUGUCCUCCAAUGCAUUUGCUGUCCUUCUUGUCUUCAAGUCAUCUGCAAAUUUAAUAUCUGAUAUUUUCUUUUCCAUCAUCCAGGUGAAUAAUCAAAAUGUCAAGUGAGUGAGAUCCAAGACAUAUCCCUCUGACAUGCUACUCAGUAAAGUAAGUCAUUCCAACUGAAGAGUGAACCAGAGAAAAUAUUCUUAGCAUAUAAUUAUCUGGUCAAUUUUAUCCCACACUACAGAAGAUCCACCAAGGCUAUAUAUGCGGAAAUCUUUUAAUGAGAAUGUUAUGUAAGACAGUGUUCAGAUCAAAAUAUGUGAAAUUAACAGCUUCAGCUCUAGCUGUAGAAUCUCGUUAUGGACAGAAAUUAAAUUAGUUUAAUGCAAGAUGUUUGUGAUGAAUUCCAGUGGACUAUUAUUUAUCUCCUUGCUAUCCUUCAGGGACUUAUAUAUAGUGUAGUCAAUUAUUUAUUCUAGAUUUUUUUCUAGAAAUUGAUGUUGACUAAUCUUUUCCCCAUUUAAGAAUAAUGACUAUGAUUGUCUUUUUUCCUGUCUUCUGGUACCUUAUUUGACCUUUAUGAUUCUGAAAGGAUUCAUUUUGUACUACCAAAUAAAACAGACCAAGGAACACAGUCUGCCCCUGAGGCCAAGUGGCACAGCACAAUUCAUCUCCACAUGGCAAAACUUUCCCCUCACUCAUCAGAAAGGAGUGUGGAUGUUCAAGCUGUCCCUCACCCAGUUUAUUCCCUAUCAGUGUCCAGAAACUGUCUGGGAAAAUAGUAGAAUAAAAAGACAAAAAUACGUCAGAGAAUUUUUAGCAAUAAUCAGUUGGGGUGGUUUUAGGACAGCAUGUUAGCCUAUAACCUGCCUCUGUUCUAUUUAUGACUAUAGGUAUAGCCAGAAAAUAACUACUAUACCAUUUGAGAUGGCCUAAACCAGUUUACUGUGAUGAUGAUGAUGAUGAUGACAAUGCUGCUUAGCUCAAUGUUUAUGAUGCAAGAUCUUUUUAUCCCCCUAAGAACUGCAAUAACAGCAUGAGGAAUGGGAGGUGUUUUUUUCAAAACUGCAGGGAUAUAAAUACGGCCUGUAUGUGCCAAUUUAGUUUAGGAAUCUAACUUACUCUUUGCUCUACACCCACCCCAUAACGAAUGCUUCCUUUCUAUUCAUUAUAUCUACUUUCUUUCCUUGAGUUUCUUACUUGCCCUCAUUUUCAAAUGACCUUGUUAUUGUAAUUCUGUAAUAUUAUCUGCUACCCAUUUCAACCCAGGUCUUCUUUUUAGUUAUCAUAUUGUUACAUUAUGCAAGAAUCAUAAUUCGGUUCUGUCUUAGAGACAGAACCCCCAGCUGCUACAUAAUGCAUGUACAGAUUCAAUGCAUUUCUAAUGCUGAGAUUUUUUCUUCUUUCCCAUUGUUCAUAUAAUCAGAAAUAUUCUAUGGAAAAACU